GAAAAGGUUUUUAAUUAGUUCUGUUGUUUACAUUAAUCUCUAAAACAUGGAAGUUUUACAAAAGAAUUCACAGAAUAAUGCAGGAAAUUUUGUAAAUGUUGUUGUUACAAGUAUUGAUGGGAAUCAACACUUGAUGUCUCAAUGUAUCGACUGCAAAUGUAUUGUGAACACUAGUAGCAUCGCUAAAUGGAACCAUAAGAGACAUUCUUGUAUACAAAAAAUCAAAUUCAUAUACAAUAUUCCCAAGAAGUUAAAUGAACAUGUGGCUGUAACUUGUUUGGUGUGUUUCAAGAAAUUUCCUAUUGAAGCAUCACAGUUAACGGCACACCGUCAAACGUGCAAAAUAUUUGCACAGGAUGGACUGUAUGACACGAUUCGUAUAACACCAAUUGGAUCUGGGGCAUCUUGGACGCUACCGGAAAAUAGUAUACAUAUGUCAUUCACUAAUGACCAACCAUCGAAUCAAAGUACACAAAUCAAUGCCACGGUUUUUCAAGCGGUUGUUUCGACACAAUGUAAUACAGAGAAGGAAACAGUGACUCCAGUAUAUACCAUGAGCGUGAGCUUAGAGCCAACGGGAAUUAAUAUGCCGAAAUCAUCGGCAGCACAAAAUGUAGCGGUUCAAAACCAGAGCAAAAAUAAGAUACCUAGAUUGGUAUCAAAUCUAACUGCAAUAAAUGUACAGAAUUUAUCUGCCUCACAAAAUUUAGCGGUUGAAAGCCAGAGCAACAAUCAGAUGCCUAGAUUGGUAUCAAAUCUAACUGCAAUUAAUGUGACGAAAUUAUCGGCAGCACAAAAUGUUGCGGUUCAAAAGCAGAGCAACAAUCAGAUACCUAGAUUGGUAUCAAAACCAACCGCAAUAAAUAUACAGAAUUUACCUGCCUCACAAAAUGUAGCGGUUCAAAGCCAGAGUAACAAUCAGAUGCCUAGAGUGGUAUCAAAUCUAACUGCAAUUAAUGUGCCGAAAUCACCAGCACAAAAUGUAGCGGUUCAAAGUCAGAGCAACAAUCAGAUGCCUAGAGUGGUAUCAAAUCUAACUCCAAUUAAUGUGCCGAAAUCACCAGCACAAAAUGUAGCGGUUGAAAGCCAGAGCAACAAUCAGAUGCCUAGAGUGGUAUCAAAUCUAACUGCAAUUAAUGUGCCGAAAUCACCAGCACAAAAUGUAGCGAUUCAAAGCCAGAGCAACAAUCAGACGCCUAGAGUGGUAUCAAAACCAACCGCAAUAAAUAUACCAAAUUUAUCUGCUGCACAAAAUGUCGAAUCAAAUCGGAACCAAAACAAUAAUGUGUCGACUAUAAUGAGCUCAAAACCAACCGCAAAUAAUUUACCAGUAAACCAGAACAAGCAAACAAAUAACUUACGAAAUGUCACCAUAACAAGCACAUCUCAAAGUCCCGCAACCAAAACACUAAAUACUGUCAUUGUUGAUUUGCAGAAGCUAAAUUACACGCCAUUAACGGUUAAAGUACACUGCAAACCAAAGGAUAAACUCGUAAAAUGUGCAGAAUGUCAAUUUUGUAAACGUCUUUUCCUCAUGGAAUUAGUUCUUAGUCAUCGUAAAGAGUGUACCAGAGAGAGUGUGAAAGAAGUGCGGGAAAUUCAGAAUGUUCCGCAGCCGACUGAAGCACCUAACAUCCAGCAAGAAAUUCAAGCUCCAGCUGUCUUUUCAAACAUCCAGCAAAAUACACCGGAAGUUCAAGCUCCAGAACCAGCUGAAACCAACAAUAAUGCCACUUCGAAUAUCCAGCAAGAAACACACGAAAUUUCAACUAUGCCAAUUGAAAUAUCAGGCAUGGAUGCCACUCCAACGAUGCAACAAGAAAUUCAAGCUCUUCCCGAACCAGUUCAAUCCGAAGUUUUGAUCAAUGUACAAACGGUGCAUACACCACUUGAGAAUGAGUUGAAUUCACCUGAUCCCAUUGAAAAUGUUGAUGCCAAUCCUACACCGUCAUCGUCAUCAAAAGUCUGUUUCAUUUGUAACACAUCAGACAGCGAACCAUUUGUAAAUAUGUACAGCACCUUUUCGGCCCAUUCAAAUACGCGAAUUUUUCGAUUUGUUUGGGAAUUCUUGGAUGAAAAAUCGAAAAAAUUGACAAGUUUGGAACAAGAUUUCGUUUGCAAUGAUUGUCUACUUGAAAUUAAUGAAUAUGAUUGGGCAAACGUUCGAGCUCAACAAUUUAAAAAGAAAAUCAGUGAUAAAGUAACUAAAACUCAAGCACAAUUUGAAGUGCAAAUAAAUGACCAGAAUGAUGGUAAUGAUGAUAACGUUGUAAACGAAAAUAAUUUGGAAGAGGUGCCAAUGGAGAUUGAUACCAAUGACGAUGCUUCAGAGGUGAUCGAUUUAUGUGAUGACGAUUAAGACAACCAAGUAUUCAAUAGAUUUAGUUAAUUAGUUCUUUUGUAAGCUAUCAUACUUUUGUAUUUUGAAACAGUCAAUCCCGAGACCAGAUGUUACCCUCUAAAAUGUCUACGCUCAGAUUUGCAUAUUAUAACAAUAAACUGAGCAUAGUAGCCAUAGUGCCUAGGUGUACGCUCUUAGAGUAGAUGCUCAUUUUGAAGUGUAACAUCUAAUCUCGGAAUAUUCUGUUGAAAUGAACUUUCUCGAGUUUUUCCUCUCCGUGAACAUUUCACAUGUUUUUUGAAUUUGUAAGAAAACAAUAUGAAUUUAUAUAUAAUUAUAUUUAUAAAAAAAUGUUGAAAAUGAUUGUCAAUAUAC